AUUCAUUUCAGAAAUUACCCACUAUCUCAUGAGGUCCUGAGUCAUUGACCUGGUAUUUUGUGAUAUUCCACAUCAGUACCUAAAGCUCUGUCUGAACAUUAACUCUGGCCAAGUCACAAUGGCAAGAAAAUCCACUUUAUUGUAGAAAGCACAAUACCAUUUGUUGGAAUUGUUCCAUGGCUGAAGAUCUUUCUCAGUGAUAUUAGAUUGAAGAAGUUUCCCUGACAGUAAAAGAGGUUGAGGGUAAAUGAUAUACGUACAGAUAAUGACAGGUUUACAUAAAUAAGACAAAACUAUUGCCAGUGGAUGAUCGUAAAAGGACUAGGGAUGCAGGUUUAAGGAUUUGGAAGAGAUGCAGAGAGAACAUGAAGGAGAUCUUUUCUGUGAUGGGAGCAGUGAUGAUGUGGAAGCCAUGCCCACCAGGAUGGUGAAAGUGGAAACUAUCAGUGAUUUCAAAGAUAAAUUGGAUGGGCUCUACAGAAAGCCAGCAUGGAUUUGAUGGACCACAUGACUUUCUUCGGUGCAGUAAUGACUAUGAUUAUUGUCUGUAUUGUGAAAAUGGAUCAAUGGCAACAGUCUCAUUUUCAGAAUCUCACUGAGCUUCGUUCUUCGAGAAUCCUUGUAAGUUUUUGUGCCAGACAUCGAGAAGAUCAUGAAAAGAAGCCGGCUUCCUAGCAGCAGUGAUGAUUCUGAUGACAAUGACAGUCAUUCAACAUCCUGGUCUCAGCAUUCCAAGUCACGACACAGAAGAAGCUCCACGUCGAGGCACGAAGACCGAAAACCAUCUGAGGUCUACAGAACAGACCUGAUAACUGCAAUGAAGCUUCAUGAUUCACAUCAAUUGAACUCUGAUGAAUACUAUAUUCUGGCUGACUCGUGGAGACAAGAAUGGGAGAAGGGAGUUCAAGUACCAGUUAGCCCUGAAUCUGUACCUCAAGCGACUGUCAGAAUUACUGAGGAAAAGGAUAAAGCUGUGACAUUUGCCAGACCAAGGAAAUAUAUUCACUCCUCUGGUUCUGAGCCCCCAGAGCUUGGUUACGUGGAUAUCCGCACACUUGCGGAAAGUGUGUGCCGUUAUGAUCUGGAUGACAUGGAUGUAGCCUGGUUAAACAUGCUCAAUGAAGAAUUUAUAGGAAUGGGGAUGGCUGAAUUGGAUGAAUUCACCAUGGAGAAAGUCAUGGAGGAUCUGGAGCGUAGAUGUUACGAUAACAUGAACCAUGCCAUUGAGAACGAAGAAGGACUAGGAAUUGAAUACGAUGAAGAUGUGGUGUGUGACGUGUGCCAGUCUCCAGAUGGCGAGGAUGACAACGAGAUGGUUUUCUGUGACAAAUGCAAUAUAUGCGUCCAUCAGGCUUGUUAUGGAAUUCUGAAAGUUCCGGAAGGCAGUUGGUUAUGUCGGACUUGUGCGCUUGGUGUCCAGCCCAAGUGUCUGCUUUGCCCUAAGAAAGGUGGAGCAAUGAAGCCAACCCGCAGUGGGACAAAGUGGGUUCACGUGAGCUGUGCUUUAUGGAUCCCUGAGGUUAGCAUAGGAUGCCCAGAAAAGAUGGAGCCCAUCACAAAGGUCUCCCAUGUCCCUGCCAGCCGAUGGGCAUUAGUGUGCAGCCUGUGUACCGAGAAGACUGGAGCCUGUAUACAGUGUUCAGUGAAGAACUGCCGUACGGCUUUCCAUGUGACUUGUGCAUUUGAUCGCAAUUUGGAAAUGAAGACCAUUCUGGCGGAAGAUGAUGAAGUGAAGUUUAAAUCUUACUGCCCGAAGCACAGCAGCAAGGAGCCCGAUGAGGGAAACAAAGGCUAUUCCACUGAGGAGGUACAGGAGAAACCUGCCAUUGUGGAAAGUGUCCUGGACAGUAUGGACCAGAGCCAGGAGGAGGCUCAAAGGAUCAGCCUCCGCAAACAGAAACUCCAACAAUUAGAGGACGAAUUUUAUAACUUUGUCAGCGUCUUGGAGGUGUCCCAGCACUUGAAGUUGUCCGAGGAACUUGUGGAUUAUAUUUAUCAGUACUGGAAGGGGAAGAGGAAGAGUAAUUUCAACAAGCCUCUCUUCACUCCCAAAAAAGACGAGGAGGACAAUCUGGCAAAGCAGGAACAAGAUGUCUUGUUCAGACGGCUGCAGCUUUUCACACACCUCCGCCAGGAUCUAGAGAGGGUUCGAAACCUUACUUACAUGGUGACCCGGAGAGAGAAGAUUAAGCGAUCGAUCUGUCGUGUCCAAGAGCAAAUAUUCCACCACCAGAUCAAACUUCUUGAGGAAGAGUGCGUUUCUGGUGUGCCUUCAGCAUUCCCGUCGGAAGGUAGCUUAUUCCUCGGUUGUCUGGCACAAUCCCACCCAGUUUCCAAAACGGGGUGUUUGCAAUGGAAGUCGAACAGAGAGCUGGAGACGGCUCAGUACCAGGACAGCCACCAGAACAAGGUCUGGCGGGAAAAGAGCUCUCACCUGAGUGGCCGACCGCAAAGUCGCACUGAUCCUGCGAGUCAGAGCUUGUUGAAACAGUCAAACCGAUCCAGUGAGUGCAAAAAUGUGGCGAGUCUGCACAAUGCCAAGGAAGGCUAUAACAUAAAGAGUAUUCUUCCAGCCUGUGCUAAGGUUCGUGCUGAGUCACGAGCUAAUGGCCGAGAGAGGAAUAAUGGCCAGGCUGCACCCGACCACAGGAAGAAAACUGACAGCAGCGGGCGUAGUUCGGGAAGUAAAUCAGAAUUGAGGGAAAGAGUGUGUUUAAAGCGGGACAAAUCCUACUUGCCUGCAGAGUUAACCCUGCGACAUUCUGACAACAAGCGGGCUCUGUGUGCACCUGUGUGUAAAAUGUCCUCGGUUAGCAUCCACAGGUUGUCUGGGGAUGGCAGCCACUCGCACUCCAAGUGUAACGGUACCUUGGGCAAGGCAGCUUGCACUCAACCAGCUGUCCCUGCCGGCCGCCCUGCAGCCAAAGUGCCUACAACACCUACCAGUCCAGUGAAAAACUGGGGUGGGUUCAAAAUCCCAAAGAAGGGAGAAAAGAAGCAGCACGAGGAGAGACCAGAGCCCUGCAGGCAGAACUCAGAAUCUACAAAGUACCAGCAGCUGAGAGCGCAAAGAGCCUCCCCCAAAGAGAAGCUAAAGGUGAGGUUGCUGCCGGACCCCGAGAAUGACGGCUACAGCCCUGAUGCUGAAAUGAGCGACUCAGAGACCGAGUCGACAGAUAAUUGCAAGCCACAGCGGCUAAGUUCAAGCAGUGCAAUGGUGAACAGGAGGUAUGGAGCAGACAUUAUUCGAAGAAGUAUUCUGGCCUCUUGAUCCACAGAAGAGAGGCAGCCAAGAACCCUGGACUGCCUGUAUCCAUCUCCAAUCCUGACAAUGUUCGAAUGAAAUGCCUUGUUGUGAUUUUAUAUUUCUUCAGAUUAAGUAAUUGAAACCCAUGGACGUUUCCCAUCAAGGAAUGUUUGUAUUAAUGCACUUGUGUUUAAGUUAAAUGCUACAGUUUUGUCGUCUACAAUCUGCCCUAUAAAUCAAUCAAACUUUCAGGUAGUCCUUCCUCCAGGUAUACUGAAUCAGAAAAGUAACUGAACUGUAAGAAUAACUUAAAGCGUAGACACUAAAUAAAAAGCUGAUUAAAAAAUAAUCACAUUUGCUAAACAUCCUACCAAUUAACUAAGUUAACAGUCAACAUUUUUUGACUUUUAAAAAAUGAAGAACAUCUUCUAGUAUGACAGGUUGUAUAAUUGGUUGACUGGACUUUCUUCAGCACUUUGGACUAAUAAAUGAUCAUAAAACAAAAGCAGCAAGUUCUAAAUUUCUAAGUGGGACAAAUUAUGGUUUGUUUCUCAAAUUCUCAAAAUUUGGUGCACAUCAGUGGUAGGUUUUCCAUGUGAACAUGUCAGUGUUCUUUGCUUUCAAGAUCUACAGCUGGUCAGUAAACACAGUCAGACAGAAGCACAGUAAGUUAAGCAUGGAAACAAUGAGAGUUGAAAUAUACAGCAGCUGCAGAAAGGAAGGAAUUCCUUGUAGUCUAUGAAUGCUGGCAGUGAUACAGUAACUGAAAAGGAGUGGCUGGCCAAGUAUUCCUGGCAUCUUAACAAAAGUGGAGAUUUGCUGCAGGGAAUUUUGAUGUCUUUCUGCAUUGUUCCUGUACGAUUUGAGUGAAACAUUUGCUAAGUGUGCAAUACUUCAUCAGACCACGCGAACUAUAACUUUUUGUAAAGAAACAGUUUGUUUAUCGCAUGUAUCCAUUACUUUAAUUUCAAGUUGUUCCCUCAGAUUCUACUGUCUCAUUCCAGAACUUUGAUUUUAGUUAGAUUGAAUUUACAGAGUAUUGGCGCUGUUGGGAAGGGGAGGCAGAGGAAACUGUAAAUGUUUCAGGAUUUAAUUUUUCCCCAUUGCUUAUCUUCUUUGGUAUCUUAGAACUCUACCAUUUCCAAUUCAGCAACUUUAGUUCACCCUCCCACAAUUCUGCAGUGGUUUUCUUUAUAAACUACAUUGCUUCAAUGGACUACAUCGUUUAUAUUCUUUGUCAAACCUCGUGACCAGUGAAGGAAGGUGCAGUAUCAGCACUAAAAAGAGAGGAAUUAAUUUCAGUAAAUACUUCUCACACUGUCACAAUAAUUGUAAUCUAAUUGUUGUUUAAGUAACCUUGACAUUCCUUUUCGGGCUUAAGUACUAUUGAGGCUUAACUGGGGUUACUCCUACUAUGGGAAGAAUUCAGUCAUGUCUGGAUGGGAUCAGGGAUUUAGGGCGGAAAAAUAUAACGGUUUGUACUCCCAAAUUUAAGACUGGCUAUGUUUCUAUUGUCCAAUAAAUGUAAAAGUAUUUGACUCAGUAACUUUUAAAAAAUGUUAAAUGGCCAUUUUAAGUAAUUUGGGCAAAAUGCGUUUAAAAUUCCAAGUCUUCAGACUGUAACAAAUUUGUUAGAAAAGAUCUUAAGCAAGUUUAAAAAUUUUCCAGAAAUUUUACUAUGUAAAGUGUUGCAUGUACUGUACUGAAUUUAUUUACUGCUCAUUGGUUGUAAUGCAGUAGAAAAUAUUUCAAGUAGACACUAUCAAUAUUGAAUAAGUAUAUUUAAUUUUAUUAAGUGGCCUUUUCUAAUCUUUAUUCAGUGCAAUAGCUUUGUAUUAAUUUUUGUAAAAAAAAAAUUGUUGGAAGGAGGUAUUUCACUACAUGUUUGACAUGGUGUAUUUAUGUAUCUCAGAGCUGCAACUUCCUUGAAAAUUUGCAGCAUCUUAGUCCUCAGUGUUUAACAUGGAGGUAUCCUCACAUUGUGUUGUACAGAAAGGAACAGUCACUAAUUCUAUGCCUUGCUAAGUUUUACACCUGUAAUAAAUAAUUUUUUGGGUAGAGAUAGACAGUAGAUUAAUAGUUUGAGUCCAAUGGUUUGUUUAAAGAACCAUAACUUAGACUGAUAGUUUCAUGUUAAAGCUUUAUUUCACCCAGUUGUGCUUAGUUGUCAAGAUCAUUCUUAAAUUAUGAUUUAGUAUUUUAUAUAUACAGUACUGUAGUUUAACAUUAGGCUAGUUGAGCUACUGUGUAGUUGCUACUGGCAUGCAUAUACAUAGUUUUAAACAAACGUGAUGUAAAGGGACAAUUUUCACACAUUCUGCGUCCAAUUGUUCCGUACAGACCUGCUGAACAAACUUUGCAGUGUGGUGUUGUACACAGGAGUUCUUUCACCAUGUGCCUAGCAAAGUUUAACUGGUGUCCAUUUAGUUAAUAAAGAGCAUGGAAAUAAAAGCAGAAAUAAAAUUUAUACAGAGAUGACUAUUUUAAAUUACCUGACUCUUUGCUGUAUUUAUUUUUCUUGUAAACUAUUUAUAAAGUACUUUUGAAGGAGAAAAUUCUGUUCUGUGAAUGUUGAAAACAUUUAGAUGAAUUGUGCCUUUUUUGUGUUUGAUAUUGUUGAGUUUACUCAAGUAGUAUGAUAAUGGUACAUUAAUCUGUCAAAUAUUUCUCAGAAUUAAAUCUCAUCUGGAAUCAGCAGGGGCACUAAGCCUUUAUUGUGGGUCUGUAUAGGAAUUAUAAAAAAAAACUGUAACAUUGUCUUCCUUAAUGCAUCUGGGAUUUUUCAUAAAGAAUGAGAUGUUUUAAUUAAACUUUAAUAAUAGCGAUAAAUCUAAUUCCUUAUAUUUUAAAGACAGUGUUAUUAGAAAAUACAUGGAGUCAUGUGAUGUCGAAUAUGUCAAGAAAUUAUUUUUUUACUUUUCUUUAAAAGAUGGUUCACAUAGCCAGCCAGUGACAAAACCAAAUGGGAUUUUGUUUUCUAGCUAAGUUACAUAAUACGGAUCUGCUUUUUCAUCUCCCAUAAAAAGUCUGCUUGAUGUCAUUGUCCCUGUUUAGUUGCAUCUGCUUUUCUAGGAUGAAACAUUGCAAGCUGCCAGUUCCUGCAUACAAAACCCUCCUUUUCACCGAAGUGAAGCACUAAGCUACUCCAGAACAUAUGUACCACUCUGUGCCGUGCAAUAAAUGUAUAUGCUCGUUUUCUUGCCCCUAGUAAAAGUAAACUACGAUGAAAAAUCUUGAGAUUUGUGUGUUUCUUU